GGAGACGUGAUCUCUCGGUACACUCGACCAUGGAAACUAUGCACGAGUUGAUCCCUUUUGCUAAAGAGAUGCUCAGCCAGAAGCCCAACAAGAAGAUGGUGAAGAUGUACCUGCUGGGCAGCGUGCUGGCCUUCUUCGGAGUGGUUAUUGGACUGGUGGAGACGGUUUGCAGUCCUUUCACUGGAAGAGAGGACCCUGAACUGGAAGAGUUGAAGCCCCCGGCAGCUUUGUCUGCUCCAUCGCAGCCACAAAAAAAAGAGGUCAUCCUGGAGAAGAGCAACCCUCAGGCCGUAAGGGGCAGAAGCUUGGCUAACCGUGGCCAUGCCUCCUGAGCACCUGGGCAUCGGGGCUACUGGACUUAAUGAAUGUGGGUUGCACUGAAUGUUGUGAAGAUGUGCAAGAUGAUGGAUGUCGUGCAACCUUUGGGACUCUUAAAGUGACUAUUGCUGCUGUGCAGCAGAACACAUGUAUCUUGGGAUGUGCCACGUUGUGGAGAAGAUAUGUCAGAUGCCUGUCCGCUAUGUUUUUAUAUUAAAGACUUGCAUUACGCCUUUUUAAAUAAAAGAUUUUAUUUUA